UGUACAUUUUGAGAUCUAAAUAUACAAAAUUUGUGUCUAUGAGCAAAAUUCUUUCUAUUCUUCAAAUCCCCAUAUUUUGCGCUUUCUCUCUCAAAUUAUUUUCCAUUUGAUUAGCCUUUUAAUUUUUUUUUAAUCUUUCACUUUCUUGUGUUCCAUUCAUUCACAUUUUGAUUCACAAGAUUCAAGCUUUUUCUUUCAUGGUGGAUAUUUUUGUACUAAUAAAGAGGUAAUUUGUUUUUCUUGUUUUCGGGGAACUUCAAUCAGAAUCUAGGACAUCCUAUAAAAAUUUUUUUGACAGGGAUAUGGGAAUAACAUAUUCAUGUCCUUUCGCAAAUUUUGACGAUUCAGAUACUAAAUUCGAGUCUUAUUUAGUGAGAACACUGAGUUUUGGAACUGAUGCUACGAAGAAUGCUUUACCGCCUAUCAAUUUCAAAGACCAAAAUCCUCAACAACCAAAAAUGCACAAGUCUUACAGUUCUGGAAAGAUGAUUCUCGAGGGAACUCUUAGCUAUAAAAGGCGGGAAUUAGAGGCCAGGAUUGGACUGACUUCAUUUGAUAAUGAUGAGAAGACGAUGAGUCGAUCAGACAGCCUUAUGAGCAGUGAAGAAAAGCAUAACAUGCCUGAUGAAAACACUAAAAUGAUACCAUUUGUAUGUGAGAAACAAAGAGAUGAGGCUGCAGUUAAGUUGCAGAAAACAUACAAAAGUUUUCGUACUAGAAGACGAUUAGCAGAUUGUGCUAUUCUGGUUGAGCAGAGAUGGUGGAAGUUAUUAGAUUCCGUUGAACUCAAGCAUAGUUCUAUAUCAUUCUUUGACAUUGAGAAACCCCAAACCGCUUUUUCUCGUUGGUCAAGAGCUUUAACAAGAGCUGCUAAGGUCGGUAAAGGUCUGUCGAAAGAUGAAAAAGCCUGUAAGCUUGCUUUACAGCAUUGGCUUGAAGCAAUCGAUCCUCGACAUCGUUAUGGUCAUAAUCUUCAUUUCUAUUACACCAAGUGGCUCCAAGUUGACAGUAAACAACCCUUCUUCUAUUGGUUGGACAUAGGGGAAGGUAAAGAAGUGAAUCUUGAGAAGUGCCCUAGAUCAAAACUUCAUCAACAAUGCAUUAAGUAUCUCGGUCCGGUAGAGAGGGAGGCAUAUGAAGUUGUAAUUGUGGAUGGAAAAUUCAUCUACAAGCAGAGCGGGAGGGUUCUUGAUACGAGGGGAGGACCAGAAGAAGCCAAGUGGAUCUUUGUGCUAAGCGUAUCGAAGGACUUAUACAUUGGGAUGAAGCAAAAAGGCACAUUUCAGCAUUCAAGUUUCUUAGCUGGUGGAGCUACAUUAUCUGCAGGCAGAUUAGUGAUAGAAGACGGUACUCUAAAGGCUGUCUGGCCACACAGCGGACAUUAUCUUCCAACGAAGGAGAAUUUCGAAGAAUUUAUGACAUUUCUUGAACAACACAACAUUGAUGUCACUAUUAUUCAGAAAUUCCCGUGUGACGGGGAGGAAUCAAACUUUUGUAGGAAGGAAGGUGGUUUAGGCCUUCGUAACAGCUUAUCCGCACCAGAUUUUAGCCAAGCCACUGAAGAGAGCAACGCCAAAUGCUCAGACCGGGAGAAGACAAAUCCUACUACAAAAUAUUGCAAGGAUACAGAAAAUCCAAUUCCGUUGUCAAGACCAUCCCAAGUAUCAAAACCCAAAAUGGUUGUCGAAAUACCACCAAGAGAAGACACGUUCGAGUUAUUCACUAAGGCUGGAUCAACAGACAACACACAGCCUUUGGAUACUCCAAUAGAUGGAUAUGAAACAGCAGAAGAGUAUUUAUCAGAUACAGAACUAUCGGUUUCAAAGCUGAAUUUAUUCGACGAUGAAGAUGAAGAAGACUACGAAGAUACUAUCCCUCCAGAAAAGAUAAUGAAGAGAAUAGAUACACAUAGAAGAACAAAGUCAUUCCAGUUAGCUCAUCAAUUAUCUUGUAGAUGGACGACAGGAGCUGGACCUCGAAUCGGAUGUAUGAGGGACUAUCCAGCUGAACUCCAAUUUCGUGUUAUGGAGGACGUGUGUUUGUCUCCAAGAACUACUACAUUUCAAACUCCACCAAAAUAUGCUAGACCUCCUAGCAUCUUUUCUAUCGAAGCAACUGAAGGAAGAAGACGUACUGGUUCUGAAUCAUCGGUAUUCUUUCAAUCAACUCCACUAGUAGAAGAAAUGCAAAAGUAUUGUGGUUAGUAGUUUAGGAUAAUGUAAAUGAUUCUUGCAAUUUUUGUUCACAAAGAUUUUAUCAUCAUUUUUUAUUCUUGAUCAUUGUUGACAAACUCCCAUAGAUUUGUGAAUCAGGACACAUUCAUUCUUUUGUAGAUAUAUAUAUAUAGAAAAAAAAGAUCAAGUGAAGUCUGUCAAAUUCUUUAUCA